GCAGCAUGGCCACACAGCAUUGGAAUGGAACCAAAGGCUCACCAUAGUUAAUCAUAUUACACGAGCAAUUGCUUUCAUCCACGGACAAUAUCCUCCAUACGAGAAGAAGAUGAAGAUGGACGUACAUGGGAGCAUUAGGCCAUGCAAUGUCAUGGUGAACAUGGACUUCUCGGCCUGCUUGUCGGAUUACGGAUUCACCCAAUUGGCGCAGCCGGUAGAAAGUUCAAACACAUGGCAGCUGAUGAAGUCGCCCAGCUGGCAACUGGAAAAUAGUUUCUGUGAUGAACUGAGUCAGAAGAGUGACAUUUACAAUUUUGGGGUGAUACUGCUGGACAUAUUGGCAGAACCAAUGGGUUUGGGAAUGACAAGAGGCAUAAAUGAAAAGCAAUCAAACAUGAAAUUAGAAGGUGGUUUGGAGUUUUUUGAGUUUCCAGUGAAGGAAGGGAAAGAGAGGAGGCAAGUGUCAAUGGUUUUGCAUAUUGCUUUGGCAUGUACAAGUGCCAAACCAGAGGCUAGGCCUUCAAUAGAGGAGAUAGCUUUUAAUAUCUCGAAGAUAUUGUAAGUAGUGGUAACUAGACUUUAAUGAAAGUAGAAAAGUCCUUGUUUGUGUACAAGGGAUCGAUGUAAUUACCCAAGCAAA